AUGGCUGAUGGAUACAAGACGGACUUGACGCAAACCGAUCAGACGCCGUCGGUGCGCCGAAAAACGAGUUCGAAAGAGCCGGAUAAAGAAAAUAAAACGCCGCCACGUACCCCGAUCGUCACCAGGACCAGGGACAAGGCCACCAUCACCACCACUCAAAUUGAAAACUCGCAGCGGCGCACCAAGGAAGUCACCCGGGAUGCACCAUCAAAACGGCAUGCCGUGUCGAAGAAGCGUGAGAGGCGCGAAAUAACCCAAGCCACGACGGUGAUCGGCUCAAAAGAAAAGAUACCAGAGCAGUCGAAGCGCCAUGGCGUCGCGGGCAGCGGCGGGUCUGGCCGGAAGGAGAAGGGCGUCCGACUCGUCUCACCGGAGGCCAAAGACGGCAACAACGUCAAGUCAUCCGCCAAGGCACCCAAUCUGCUCACUUCCCGUGAAAAGUCGAACGCACACACAUACUUGGCCCGCACCCAGAGCGCCUCCGCCGAAUAUGGGGUCUUUCGGCCGCCACAAGCCCGCCGAACCGCCACCCCGAUCGAGUACAACCCAAAGACCGACAACUUUGACUACCUGAAGUUCCUCGACAUGCACUAUGUGGAUGUUGGCCCUGGAGUUAAAACGAUCACCUACCGCGAAAAGGAUCUCCUUCACGUCAUCCGGGCUGCCACGUGGCGCUUCAAGGAGGAAAAGAUGCUGAUUGAUACAAUGGCCCCGGCUAUCAUCGUCGGCGACAUCCAUGGGCAAUUCAACGAUCUGGUCAGCAUAUUCCUGGUGAUGGGACGGCCACCUGCCAAAAAAUACGUCUUCCUCGGCGACUAUGUUGAUCGUGGAGCGAUGGCCGUCGAAUGCGCCGCGUUGCUAUUUGGCUACAAAGCAAAGUACCCGGAUCACAUUUUCCUGUUGAAGGGCAACCACGAGAAUGCGCGCACGAAUCGAAAAUAUGGAUUUCAGCAAGUCUGCCACAACCGGACGGAUCUCGACGGGAUCAAGCUGUGGGCUGCAAUGCAGCGAGCAUUCAACUAUCUGUCCGUGGCGGCCCUCGUUUCCGACAAGAUCCUCUGCGUGCACGGCGGCAUCACCCCGCAUCUCACAUCGUUCGACGUUCUCCGCCAACACCCCAAGCCGGUCCGGAAUCCGUACCAGGGUCUCUGCUCGGAUAUGGUGUGGUCGGACCCCGACACCGCCUACGACUUUUGGCGCCCAAACUCGCGCGGCUGCGGAUUCUUCUUUGGACGAAGGACGACCGAAGACUUUUGCGAGCGGUUUGGCAUCGACAUGAUCGUCCGCGGCCAUCAGGUGUGCUUGGAGGGCUACUCGACGCUGUGGGACAAGCGCGUCGUCACCAUCUUCUCGGCGCCCUGUUACACCAAUGAUUACAAGAAUGCUGGUUGCGUGUUGAAGGUGGCGGCCAAUCUGGAAUGCGAGCUCGUCGCGCUCGUCCCCGACUAUCCGGGAAGCUUCGCCGGGUGCCAAGAACGUCUCGAGAUUUCGAAGCGUCUCUGGGACCCAUCGCUUGAAGUGUUCCCUGAAAGCGGCGAGCCACCGAAGCCGAUCAUCCGC